AGAUCUAAAUGAUUCUUACAAACGUGGGUAUUGAGAUCAAAACAAAUUGUUGAUUUAUUUGUCAAACUGGAGUAUUCACCUGCGAACGAGCUAAUAAUAUUUUCUGCAUAAAGUAUACGUAUCUGAAGCUAAUAAAUUAUGUCUUCCCUUCAAAAAUCAGUAUUAAAAUCUAAACUGCCACCACCAGGUGUUAAUUUUGGACAUGGAUCUAGGGUAAAUAAAUCAAAAGGCUUUCAGCGUAAAAGGGAUUAUGAACCCAUACAAUGGAUUCCAUACUUUGAUCAUUCCACCGACGUAAAAAUAGGAGAAAAUACUUUUCAUAUUUAUACUAAGGGAAAGGAAGGACCAACAUUAGUCUUGUUACAUGGUGGAGGUUAUAGUGCAUUAACGUGGGCUGAAUUUACAAAAUCUAUUAUGACGAUGGUAAUCUGUAAAGUUAUGGCGAUUGAUCUUAGAGGCCAUGGAGAUACACAUACAACUAAUGAAGAAGAUUUGUCUGCCGAUACUUUAGCUUUGGACAUAGCAGCUGUUAUAGAAGUAGCUAUAGAUGAAGGACCAGUAAUUUUGGUUGGUCAUAGUAUGGGAGGUGCAGUAGCUGUUAAAGCUGCACCAUUAAUAGCAAAUUUGUCUGGUUUGGGUGUAAUAGAUGUUGUUGAAGGGACAGCAAUGGAUGCUUUGGCAUCUAUGCAGAGUUUUUUAAGAUCUCGGCCAUCUAGUUUUAGUACUAUUUCUCAAGCUAUUGAAUGGUGCGUAAGAAGUGGUCAAAUACGAAAUGUACAAUCAGCUAAAGUUUCAGUACCUGGACAAAUAAAGAAUACUGAAACAAAUCAAUUAGCAACCCAUGACAUUGAUUCUCUUUCACAAACAUCUUCAUAUGACUGUAGUCCUGAACCAGCGAUUCAACGUGAAGAUAUUAUUGAAGAAGAAGAAUCUGUAAAUAUGCCACCACCCCCUACGUCUUCUAUUUUACAUACUAAUAGAAAGUAUGUUUGGAGAAUAGAUUUAGCAAAAACUGAGCAACAUUGGUUUGGAUGGUUUAAAGGAUUGUCAGCAUCAUUUUUGAAUAUACCAGUCCCUAAAGUAUUAUUAUUAGCUGGGGUAGAUAGACUUGAUAGAGAACUUACAGUGGGUCAAAUGCAAGGAAAGUUUCAAAUGCAAAUCUUACCAGCAUGUGGACAUGCUGUUCAUGAAGAUGUACCGGAUAAAGUAGCAGAAGCUAUUGCAACAUUUAUGGUUAGACACAAAUUUGCAGAACCCGCUUCAGACUUUCCACGAACUUUUCCUGCUUGCUAAAUUUAUUAAUAACGAAUGAAUAUUAAAAUAGAUACACAAAUUAAGAAACACAAUAAUUUGGGAAGCGUUGAACUAAAUAGAUGGAAACAGUUAAUAAUUUAUGGAAAAAAAAAAAUAUAAAAUAUGUCUAUAAAAAUAAGGGGAAAACGUGUAAAUAAAGGUAUUACUCCAUUGAUGGCAA